ACUAGGAUACAACAUGAAUGGGCUUCCUUGCUCUGCAUCACCUAACGACGAUGAUGUUUACAAGCAAAUCGACAUUAUCCUCACGCUAGCAACCACAGUAACAUCAAUGAGUGAAAGUGAUUACAAUAAAUUCAAGAGGUUGCAUACUGAGCAAAAUGGUGGGGUAUUGUUAGGCCAUGUAGAUAUUGAUAAUCGCUGUGACCUUGUUCGUCUUCUCUUAGAGAAGAAAUCGCUUCAUAAGAAGGACAACAUUAAAAUUGUUUUUGAUUGGCUACAAGAAUCUGGCUGUUCAAGCUACCAACAGAAACUACGAGACUACUGUAAGAGACAUGAUAUCAAGGUUUCAAGGCAAUUGAAAACUCGUACCUGUCGCUUUUUCGUGGUAGUUUUAUCGAUCCUUUGUUUCUCAAUGAUUACUGUUAUUUUGAUCCUGUUGUUAAUUCCAUCCAUUGACAAAAAAGACUCACAGAAUAAGACCCACCCAAUUGGUGUCAACACUACCAUUAAAUUGGACUGCUUCAAUACUUCAAAUACAGAUUUAGUUGACGUCAGUUCCUUGACGCUGGACUACGCUACUGUCUAUGCCAUACCUGAAGAACAUAUUAGCACGUAUCACCUGGUCUUACCAUACAUUUAUAAUAAAUGCCAUUCUGGUCAUUCCUCUCUUCCCAUCUCCAUUUCGUAUUUCGAUUGUCACGAACCUAUUUAUACGGCAAGUGGUGGAGGGACUCUUAAUUUAUUUAUUGAUUUGGUAAAUAGCAAUCCUGAUAGGGUCUCUUGUGCAAUGAGAUUGCUUGUUUUUUGUAAUGUCUCUGCCGAUUACAUUAGCUACAAAAAUGUUGCUAGAGAUCCAAAAGAUAAGCCACCUCGUUCUGUAUACAACAGUUCAGAUUGUGUUGGUAGUAAUGGAACUCAUUCAUUCUCAAUAACAUUACCAAGCACUUCUCUGCUCUAUUUUGUUCUUGCUGUAGUUAAUCAAACUAAAGUUAAUGUCAGCAUUUCAGGAAAUAUAUCAGCAUAUUCAAAUGCAGCAAAAUACACAGUUGAUGAGUACCAUCUUACUCGGUCAAGUAAAAAUUGUUCUAUCCCGAUAAAUCCCAAAAAGAGCAGAUAUAAGAACAAUCGUGGUCACUUGUGUCUUUUUGGUAACACUACUAUUGGAUUUGAAGGGAAAGUGAAUCUGUUCGCUACAUUUAUAACAAAGGGAGUCUAUCUUCAAAAGUACUGGAUAUACUCUCUUCCUCUCUGCGGCUUAACAUUAAUUAUUUUCUUUGCUUUAUUAAUUAUCAUUACUGUCAUCUAUUAUUGUCAGCGUCAUAACAGAAGAAAGAGAAUAAAAGAAGUAACUGGAGAACUGCAGUAAGCACAUGCUAAGUAACUGCCAUUUAUUUUAUUACUGCUUAUCAAUAUUAUUAUCAUUGCAACUUUUCAUUUUUUAUUAUUGCUAAUAGGAAAAUUUUCAUUGAUCAUGUGAAGUCUAAUUAUUGUUAACAUUAAAUUUUGAUGUUUCAUUUAUUAUGUAAUGUUUAUCAGCCUAUUUUUAUCAAAA